AUGGCAUGCAGUACUAUGUCCGUUUCCAGCCAACCGACUACCCCGAAAGCCGAAAGCCCGAGAAUGGGACAACGGCCGAACAUCCUUAACCGCUCGAUCUCCGGCCAAAACUUAAGACAGCAUGCGAGAAUUCAAAGAGCAUAUUCUGACAACAAUCUAUGUUAUUCCGCUCAUCGUGUUCAAGCCUCGAUGAAUCAACCCAAGUUGAAAAACGGGAUUUUCGACUUCAAUUUAUCGGGUUCAAUUAUUCCCAACGCACUCAAGACAUUGUUAUUUGAUCCUGAGAUAAACACGGAAACAGAUGACGAAUCAACGGAUGCUAGUGAUGUAGAAAUGGAGAAACAAGGGAAGAAACGGGCGAACUGGAUAGAGAUGCUAAUGGAGAUUCGAGGCCGAUGGGUUCAGAAACAAGAUGAUAAUGAAAUUGAUGGUGAUACUGAAGAAGAAAAAGGUUGUGAUGAAGGUGGAGAUGGAGAUGGGUGUGAGGUUGAUUAUAGUGAUGAUGAAGGGAGUGUAAGCAUCAAUCAGGAAGCAUUCUCCAAAUUGUUGAAACAUGUUUCUUGGUCUGAUACCAAGCAUUUCUCGCAAUUGGCUUUUCUCUGCAACAUGGCCUAUGUUAUCCCAGAGAUUGAGGAAGACGACUUAAGAAGAUACUAUGAUUUGACAUUCGUAACAUCUUCCUUGGAGAAGAAAGCAUUAGCUGAAGCCAUCGCAGAGGACUCAAUUCGCUUACCCAUGACUACUUCAAUUACCAACCAAACUCUCGAAAAAUACGGUGAACUCAAGCAGCAGCGUAUAACCCGCACUUCUGCUUACGAGAUAGCAGCCUCGGCAGCAACAUAUGUCCAAUCCCAUGAAACCAAUUCUUCUUCUCCAAGAGUAUACAAUUCAGAGAUGGCGGCAUUUAUGGCGGCUUCAACUAUGACCGCCGUUGUGGCGGCACCCGAGAAAGAAAAACAGGAGGCUGCAAGGGAUCUUCAGUCACUUCACUCCUCCCCUUGUGAAUGGUUUAUUUGUGAUGAUUCCAGCAUUUAUACUCGAUGUUUUAUUAUCCAGGGUUCUGAUUCAGUGGCAUCAUGGCAGGCAAAUCUCUUCUUUGAACCAACUAAAUUUGAGGGAACAGGGGUGCUAGUUCACAGAGGAAUAUACGAGGCUGCAAAGGGAAUAUACGAGCAAUUCAUGCCGCAUAUUUUGGAACAUCUGAACAGAUAUGGUGAAAGAGCAAAGCUUCAAUUCACAGGUCAUUCUCUUGGAGGCAGCCUCUCUUUACUGGUUAACUUGAUGCUACUGACCAGAAAGGUUGUGAAACCAUCGGCUUUACGACCAGUGGUCACCUUCGGUUCACCGUUUGUGUUCUGUAGUGGUCAAAAGAUUCUCGAUCAGUUGGGGCUAGACGAAAACCAUAUUCAUUGUGUCAUGAUGCACCGAGAUAUCGUCCCGAGAGCGUUUUCAUGCAAUUACCCUAACCAUGUUGCACAAUUGCUCAAGCGGUUGUGUGGUACUUUCCGCUCUCAUCCAUGCCUAAAUAGAAACAGGCUAUUAUAUACACCGCUCGGGAAGAUGUUCAUCCUCCAACCUGAUGAAAAAUCGUCACCACAUCAUCCUCUACUCCCUCGUGGAAGCGCUCUAUACGCUAUGGAAAAUACUCAAUCUGGUUCGACCAAAAACGCUCUUCGUUCCUUUUUAAAUUCCCCACACCCAAUAGAAACCUUACAACACCCAACAGCCUACGGGUCCGAUGGCACCAUCCUUAGGGACCAUGACUCGAGCAACUACCUCAAGGCCGUGAACGGAAUCAUAAGACAACACACAAAGACGUUCAUCAAGAAACCAAGAGAACAGAGGAACCUUUUGUGGCCGUUAUUGACUUCACAAUCUCCGCAUUAUUGGAGUCAAGAAACAAAACUCGAUGAGAAAAAGUUGACGGUUUCGGAUCAAAAAAGGUUGAUUACGACAGAAGUGGCGUGAAACCUAUAGUGAAAACUAACUUAACUGGGGCAAUGUUCAUAAGAGGUUUGGCUUCAAAUUUAAUUGCAUUAUUGUAAAUUGUG